AUGGGUGACGAAGGGCCUCAGGAAGAGGCUGACUCCAGUCUGUCGUGGCAGGACUUACCUGAGUGUGUCAAGAAGGCUCUUGAUCAGGAGUCGCGACAGCCUUCUCCCGAGAUUUUGUCGAACUUGUUUUCAGAUGAUUCAGACAUCAAAGAUUUUGUGGAAUCACUGGGACUUACAAUGGGCUCAGCUGAAUGGUUCAGUGCAUGCGAGAUUCUUGAAAAGGUCUGCUCUGAUGUAUCACAGGCUGCAGAUCGCGUCUUGAGGACUAGAGCGGUGCAAGGUCAGCUGGCGCAAACGUCCUCAUCGAUUUCGGCUGGGCCUCAGCAGCAGCUUGAAGUAAGCACUGGGUGGCUUCAGACAAGAGCUGGUGCAAAGCGAUCCCUCACGGCAUGGCCGUGUCGGUUGGCUAAGAAACUUGCCUUGGCCAAGCAUGAUCGUGCGAGGGCCGACGCUGAGGCUGCAGAGCUCCGGCGCUGGAGGCAGGCUUUAGCGAAGGAGCUGAAAAGGGCUUGUAUGCCGGAUGCAUGGCUUUUGCAUAGCGAUUGGCUGGCUACCGGAUAUGAGAUCUGGGCUUCUGAUGGAUUUGCCUUCUCCAGGGAUUAUCUGGUUCCUCGGCCUACAAAGGGACUGACUUCCUGCCUACCAGUUAUGGCGAGCUAUGUGGAUAUGUCAACGAUGUCCAAGCAGCUCCUGUGGGAGCUGAAGCGGCCAGAGCUGACCGAGGUAGGUCUUGAUGACCUGUUUCAGGCGCUACAGAGGGCCGGUGUCGAGAGCUCGGUGCGUGACAGGGCUCUUGAUCUCUUGCGGCCGUUGGAGGGAACGAUCCGUUUCUUCGUUACGCGUCUUGAGGGCCUCAUGGAACCGGAGCCUGCUUCAGAGCCGUCUGCUGAGCUUCACGAGAGGGAAAGCACGGAUGAUACUUUCUUGCUGCUUUCUGACCAUGUGUGGGAGCUAGAGCAGCGGGUGGCCGUUUUGGAACGGCGACUGAUUACAGCCGAUCCGGGGAAAGGAAAGGGAAAAGCCUUGAAGCGGGCAUUGGCUGCAGCGGCGGCCGAAGAGGCCCCGGGCAAGAAAGCAGCCAAACUCAUGAAGACUCCGGAUGGCAAACCUAUUUGCUGGAAGUACAACAGGAAGGAAGGGUGCAAGAACAGACACGAUUCGCCUCCACAGUCCGACAUUUCUUUUCUCUACCUAUUCGCGGGCGAGUCUCGCCGGGCUGACUUGAAAUCAUUCCUGGCGGCUGCCUGCGAGAAAGCCGGGCUGUCCUUCCGCUGUCAAGAAGUUGAUAUCGGGGAGUCGGUUCCGGAUGCUCUUUCAGACUCUUUUUGGUUGAGAUUGUUCAAUCAAGUUCGACGACAUGAAUUCAAUCUUAUUUUCAUGAGCCCGCCAUAUUCUACUUUUACCCGGGCCACGUUCGUUAAUCGCACAGGCCCGCCGCCUCUGCGGAACUCGGACUGGCCGGAAGGUUUUCCGUGGCUGUCCGGUGUAUGGAAAUCAAAAGCCGAGGCUGGCACGACCCUGGUGCGCCGGGUCUUGUCUCUGGCCACUCUGGCUACCAACGAGCAUGUCCCAUGGUUGGUCGAGCAUCCGGAAUUCCUGGGUGCUACAGCUGCUGGCACUCCAGCCUCAAUCUGGACUUGGGAAGAAGCUGUCCGUGUUUUUCAGGAGACUCGCGCCACGUCGGUGGCGCUGCAUAUGUGUGCCUUCGGCGCCGCUCAGAGGCGGCCGACACGAUUAGCUGGCACCUGGCACGGGCUGCGCUCGGUCGGUGUGGCCGGUUGGCCGCGGCUUGACCCUCAGCAGCACUAUCGAGGCCCGUUGUCUCGCAAGUGCGGGCAUGCGCAUGCCCCCCUCAUCGGCACCGAUGAAAAUGGCCACUUUCUCGCGGUGCCGGCUGCUUACCCUUCAGGCUUCUGCGAGGCACUGGCUAAUAUUGCCGUUCUCACCUUCAAGCAAAGAGUGUCCUCAGAAUCGGUGUUGGGGGAGGAGCAUGCUCGUUCUUCAGACACUCUUGAGAACGCGACUUCGACAGCUGUGGUCCACAAGGCUGAAGCUCUGGCACUGCGCUUACAGCACUCGACGGUCUCGAAGGAGUCUCUGCUUCAGAUCUUCGACUUACUUCCCGGCGAAGAGUUGGCCCGGGAUGGUGUCACUUGGAGAGAUUCGAAAUCUUUUGCUGUCGGGGCUUAUGCCGUGGGCGGUCUGGUUCUCAGGCCUCUUUUGCAAGCGGGCUCUGCAUUGUAUGGUGAGAUUGCUGAGUGGAAAGAGAAGCGGGCAUCCAAAGCCGCAGUCAAGCUUAAGAAAGCUGAACGGUUGCGCGAGAAGGAUCCCUGGAAGUGA